AUGGUUGAACUUAACGAAAAGAUCUGGAUCAAGUAUGCCCAGGGCAUUCAAUCAUGGUCCGGUAAGGAUGGCAAGCCCGAUCCCAACGCCAUCUACUUUAUUGCGUCAGCUGUCAAUAAGGGCCCUGCUGCUGGAAGCUUUGUGCCUAUUGAAAAUAUGAACAACGUUCUCUUUGAGCAGUGCGAUGCUCUCAUUGCAGACACCAGCCCCGUCUACAAUCCUGGAAAUGCCGGCAGCUACUUUGACUGUGUUGAUAAGUACAUAAGCGCCGUCAAGAUAAAGGGAAAUGAGGAUCAAGGAUUGAAACAGCAACUGAAAGACGUCAAAGAGGAGUUGAAGAAUGUCAAGAAAGAAUUCCGGGAAAUGCAAAAGGAGGAAACGAAAAAUUGGGAGGAGGAUCCACACUCUGGUGCAAAAGCCAAGGUUGCCUUCGGGACUUGGGUCAGUAGCAAUGCGCCCGACUUGCUGCAACUUCAAAACGAGGUGCAAAUUCUGGCAGGCAAGCAGGCACAGAUCCAGUUGCAGAUUGGGGGUGAAGGUGCAGCCAAGCUCAGCAAUCAACAGAAUACCUUGAUCCAAGCCGGUACUAGAGCCACAUAUGUCCCAGGUGUCACCAUGCAGUCCACUCUUGACCAGAUUAGCCCCGCAGAUUACGAGAAAUACUACAAAGCUACACAGGAUGGAACUGUGGGCAAGCUUCCCCCUCUACAAGUCACUGGUGCUUUCAAUCGGCCGGCUUACAGCAUCGAACCUACAUUCGAGACUACCAUGGACCAGUGGGCGAGGGUUCCUCUUGACGCAAAGGAUGAAUUCGAAUACUCCAUCAAAUCUGAGGAGCUCACGGAGACGUCCUGGACCAAGCUUGGCCAUAAGAAUGGGGGUGUUUCGUUUGGCUGGGGAUUCCUUCGUAUUCAGGUAGGAGGCAGUAAGGAAUGGAAGGAAUCGGAAAUCGUAAAGAAGUCAGGCUCGUUUGAGAUUCAACUCAGCGCGCAGCGAGCCGGCCUCUUCAACGUCAACCCUGGUAUCUGGAACGUGAAGCGAUUUCGCCAAGUAUAUCCAAAUGUUGACGUAGACACGGGCAUGGCAAAGAAUGCUGUACAGCCUACGCAGCUUUUCUGCGCCUCUCGCGUCAAGAUCAAGGUCAAGUUCACAGGAGAGAUGGAGAAGGAGUUUGACAAGGUUGUCGAGGACACCAAGGGUGGCAAAGCGGGAUUCUCGUUCCUUGGAUUCAAGAUUGGCGCUGGUGGUGGCACCAGGGACAGGGAGACAACGCAUACUUCUAAGCUUCAGAAGGAAGAUGGUUGGUACAAGAUGGAGCCUACCCUUGUCGCUGGAGGGUGCUCGAUGCUGGCUGUUAUUGGAAACAAGUUGAAUGAGCAGUAA